UUUUGAGGUUAAAACUGAAAAUGUGAAAAUUAUAAAAUAAAUUUAUGUGAUUAACGUAUUUAUAAUUAAAUACAAACAGUUUAUUUUACUUACAAUAAUAUAUUAUAAAAUUCAUGACCACAAGUUACUAGCUAAAGUCUCAAUAUGAAUAAAGCUGAACUCAAUAAUGAGAUUGUCCUCAUGAGAAAAACAGUACGACAAGCAAAAGUUCAUAUUAUAAGAAAGCUUGUUCGAGAGAUUCGUAUAUUGAAAGAAAAGACAAAGCCCGAAGGUGGUGAUAAAUUUAAAGCCAAAGCUGAUAGACUUUAUGAGGAACUUACUAUUAUAAAGAAGUUGGACUGCGAUGUCAUAUCAAAGCACGCCUUAACCCUAACAGAAGACCCCAAAAAAAUCCUGUCGAAGGCGGAGUCCCUUCACGACAGGGCACUCAACAGAUUCGCAGUUCACAAAUCAGUCUGCGACAAGGUUAAAUCCAUCAGAGACAAAUACAACCUGGAGCAAAAUUUUGAGAAAGUUUUGGAACCGGGUAAAAAGAAACAGAGGAAGUUGAAACACAUCGAAGACAAGGCCAAAAAGAAGGAGAUUCGGAGGGAAAAUGCCAGGGCUAGAGAAUUGAGUGCUAAACGACAGGCUUGGCUGGAGGAAAAUAAGGAGGAUAAAGGACAGAUUAAGUUGGCUAAGGACAUAAACAAAGGUGGAGAUAAUUUUGAUGAUUCUGGUGAGUCAGACGAGGAUUUCUGUAUAGAACAUGACAGUAACAGUGAAUCUGAACCAGAAAGUACCAAAGACAAUCUGAAAUCUAAAACAAAACCAGAUAACCAAGACCAAGACCAAGAUGCUUUUAAAAACAGGGACAAACUGAAGUCUAAAACAAAACCAAAAGGUUCACUACCAGAUAACCAAAAAGUUUCCAAAAACAAAGGCACUAUGAAGUCUAAAACAAAACCCAAAAGUAAAUCAGCACAAUCACAGGACGACUCUGAAGACAUGGAACAAGAUGAAUCCUUUACGACUAAAACAAAACCAAAAAGUAAAUCUGAACUAUCCCAGGAUGACUCUGAAGAUAUGUCCCAGGAUGAACAAUCAUCUUACGAUGACAAUGAAGACAUGUCCCAAGAUGACCUCGAAGAAAAUGAGUCCUUUACCAAAACCAAGGAUGACUUCUUCAUCACAGAUUCUGAUGCUUUUAAAAACAGGGACAAACCAAAGUCUAAAACAAAACCAAAAGGUUCACCACCAGAUAACCAAAAAGUUUCCAAAAACAAAGGCGGUAUGAAGUCUAAAACAAAACCCAAAAAUCUACCUGAACAAUCACAGGACGACUCUGAGGACAUGGAACAAGAUGAAUCCUUUACGACUAAAACAAAACCAAAAAGUAAAUCUGAACUAUCGGACGACUCUGAAGAUAUGUCUCAGGAUGAACAAUCAUCUUACGAUGACAAUGAAGAUAUGUCCCAAGAUGACCUCGAAGAAAAUGAGUCCUUUACCAAAACCGUGGAUGACUUCUUUAUCACAGAUUCAGGAACCCAUUACGAAAGCACAUUUGUACCAAAACCAGUCAAAGAACAAAUUCAUAACGAUGGCCUAAAUAGGCAACAGAGACGUGCCCAACAAUUUGGCAAUGUGGUGAAGAAACGACCUGCAAAAUUCAGCAAAAAGGAUUCAUUUACUAAGCAGAAGGAUUCGAAAUUCAAUCACAAUAAAAUUGAGAAGAAUGAUUUUAAAUUUAAUAAGGACAAGAAACCUAAAUUUGAUAAGGUUGAUUUUAAGUCUAAGAACAAAAUGGAUAAGGUAGAGUCUAAAUUUAAUAAGUCUGUUAAUAAAAAGGCUGUUCCAGAAAUAAAACAAGAAGUGUCUUUGCAUCCUUCAUGGGAAGCUAAGAAGAAACUUAAACCGCAAAUUACUGCUUUCCAAGGCAAGAAAAUUGUAUUCGAUGAUUGA